UCCGUCAGUAAUUAAGUUCCCCGCUUCCCCGUGAGCGUUUCAGAUGGAUCACGAAUGAUUAUUUUAGUCUUAUUGAAGAGCUGCUGAACACUGAUCUGCAGACGCCAUGGUGCUGAAGAUCUUCUUUCCACAGUGCUGUAACCGGGCGGACAGCGGGCUGCUGGUGGGCCGCUGGAUCCCUGGACAUGACUCAGCUGUGGUGCUGGCAGUCAUCCACUACCCGUUCAUCCCCGGACAGGUGAAACAGUACGUCCAGCAGAUGCAAGAUCAGAGUGGGGUGCAGCUGUCUGUUCUGGGGUCCUGGAGCUUACCCAAAGAGGGUCAGGAGGGCAUGGAGAGCUUCCUUAGGGACCUGAGCACCAUUUUCCCCCAGAAACACUGGCUCCAGAUUAGACGCCACAUGGGAAAGAUUGGCUUCACCUGCGAUGUUCUCUGCCGGGAUCAGAAAAGAGAAACAGCUCAGCCGGAAACAGCAAAGAAGAAAGAGGAAGAAGAAGAGGAAGAGGAGGAGGAGAAAGAGGAGGAGGACAAAGUGAUCUUUGUCCACUAUGAGCAGAGGAAGGUGAUGCUGUCGCAGCUUCAUCCCAUCGAGGGCGGGGACACCGACAACAGCUCUGAGCCUCGGUCUGAGCUGCGACAGAUGUUCCAAACAGUGGCCCAAAGCGGGCCGCUGUUCUUCCGGGACAAGUAUGAUGACGGCCCGCUGAAAUCGACACACUGGCAGUCUGAAGGGCGAGAGGCGAGCAUCAUCGUAGAGCUGCUCAAACAGGCCUCAGUGCCACUCUGCCUGCUCAUCAGCUGGAUGCUCACUAUGUGGACGUGGAUCUGCGGCCUGCGGAUCUUCAAUGUUUUCCCGCUGCGUUUCCUCGCCUCCAAACUGUCCACGUGUGUCCAGCUCAGCUACAGAACUGAACACAUGAGGACGAUCAGCUCACCAAAAGCAGCUGCCGACAACACGCAGUUCAUGAGGAAAGCCAACAUCGUGGUGUCAUUCCUGGUGGAUGUGGCUCUUGGCGUGCUGCUCAUGUGGUGGCUCUACAGAGACAACCACAUCUCCAAGCUGGCUGACACUCUGGUGCCUGCAGCUGAUCAUGUGGCCAAAGAGCUGGAGGAGCUGCUGCAGUGGCUGAUGGGAGCUCCAGCUGGGCUGAAGAUGAACCGGGCCCUGGACCAGGUUCUGGGUCGCUUCUUCCUUUACCACAUCCACCUCUGGAUCAGCUACAUCCACCUGAUGUCUCCGUUCAUCGAGGGGAUCCUGUGGUACGGAGGUCUGUCCGCCUGCCUCGGCUUGACCUUUGCCCUCUCGCUGCUCUCUGACAUGGUGGCGCUGUUUACCUUCCACAUCUACUGCUUCUACGUCUACGGAGCCAGGCUGUAUUGUCUGAAGAUCUACGGCCUGUCGUCUCUCUGGAGGCUCUUCAGGGGGAAGAAGUGGAACGUCCUGCGGCAGAGAGUGGACUCGUGCUCCUAUGACGUGGAUCAGCUCUUUAUCGGUAUGCUGCUGUUCACCAUCCUGCUGUUUCUGCUGCCGACAACUGCUCUCUACUAUCUGGUCUUCACGCUGCUGCGGCUGGUGGUGGUGAUGUUUCAGGGUGUCCUCCACCUCAGCGUGGACUUCAUCAACUCCUUCCCUCUGUUUGCCAUGGGCCUGCGCAUCUGUCGGCCCUACAGAUCGGCAGAAGGUGUAAAGUUCAGGGUGCUGUGUGAGGAGCCGGGCUCUGCCCUUCACCUGCUGAUGGAGAUUAACCCGCUGAAGUGCAGCACCGUGGUUCAGACCUACCGCACCCCGACGUACAGCUGCUACCCCAAAGACUCAUGGGCCGCCCUGGUCAAGAAGCUGUUUGUUGGGGAGCUGAUUUACCCCUGGAAACACAAAACCACCAAGACUGAUUGAGACAGGGGCCAGACAUGUGACAAAGGCAGCAAAAAGAAGAGGAAAUGGAGAGGUGAGGGAGAGGAGGAAAGAGAAGAGGCUGAAUAAAUAAUAUCUUUGAGAUGCCUUUGAUGGCAGGAAAAGCGUCUCAAGGAGCAGCAGUUGAAGCUUCAAAGUCUUCACGUGUAGUUUUCUAAUGAUUUGGAAGAUGGAUGGUAAAUAUGAGCAGCAGCAGAAGCUUAAAAGGCACAAAGUAUUCACAUCCUGCUGCUCAGUUUUCAGAGCUGUGAUCAUAAACUGACUUUCAGUUUGCUGUGAGAGUCCCUCACUUUAUUUGAAGUGAAAAUAAAUGACCUAGACUUGACAAAUUCUAUGUUUGUUGGUACUGCUGAAAGAUGUGAACACUCCUCAUGUUUUCUUCAGGUGUAAUGUGGAACACAAAGAUGAGAAAUGGUUCUACGUGUUACUCUGUAUACAGAUGUUAUUUUUGUGCUCUAUCUCAGAACAAAACAGACUUUUUCUACCAGCUCGAUUAAAUCAACCAGCUCCUUUUGCUGCGACAAGACCAGUGUCACAUUUUGAUUCCACCCAGGCCUUGUAAUAUUGGCUGUAGUUAACUUGACUGUAGUUAAGACAAUAAAGAUAAAAGGCAUCUAUAUACAAAUAAUACUGAAAUAUGUAGGUGCAGUCAAGUUAUUUAUUUCUUUUAUUUUCUGUGCAGUAAAAAGCUGGAGAUGUCAGAAUUAUGAAUUGGAAUUGUGCACUAUAGGCGAAUGAAAUGGUUAAUUGGAUUAAUCUGAAGUCACCUCCUUUAUCUUUUGAUUUCAGCUGCAACGAUGCAGCUUUUGCAGCUUCACCUCAUCUCAAACCCCUUUUGAGACCAUCAGCUGAUGGCUGAUUGUGGAGUCCAGGACAUGUUGAGCAGCAAUAGAUAACUCUGUCUCUUGGUCAGAGAAGGUUUAUGAAAUUCUCUGGCGACAAAGUAAUGACGCUCAGAGCAGCUGGAAUUACUUGUGGCUGCAGGAUGUUGUGUAGACCUGCUGGUUAAUUGUUGCCCAUCCUGUGGGACCUUCUGUCUUCUCUUUCCUCAGGUAGUCAUGAUGACACACUCGCUAGUUUUCCAGUCAGUGGUGUUGCAAACUUCCAACAAACUUGUGAAGUAUUAUUUCUUACUAUAAUAUAAAGGACUAUGUUAACUGAAAGUGGCCGUUCAUUUUAAUACUACAUGCACACAAUAUAACUGAUGUUUCCAUUUAAGAAACACAAAAAAAUAAAAAUAUUAGUUUCAAUUUCAUUUGAA